CCUUGCAGUGUCCUGUCGUAGUGCAAUGUGCAUGACGGGACAGAACGGGCAGAGCUGAGAGCAGCGCAAAAGGAAAACAUCCGAGACAGUAAUCUUCAUAUUUGGAUCAUGGAUUUAUCAAUCGGCUAUUAUCGCUAAACAUUGGAGAUUGCACCAUUCAAUAACUCGGACAUUUUGUUCCUCUUUAGCAGGAUACCGGGGCCCAUCAAGAGCCGAGGGGAAACAGUCAUUUUCCCUGCUCGGAUCCGUGGCAUAUUGAAGAAUUGUAUCGCGCGCAGGAGCUGAGCUAUAACCGACAUCAUGGCGUGGCCCUGCAUCACCAGGGCGUGCUGUAUGGCCCGCUUCUGGAACCAGCUGGACAAGGGGGACAUUUCUGUGCCAUUGGUUUUCACCAGGUACGAUGUCUCGGAGAUGCAGCAUCUUAAGCUGCAGCACCAACAAAAACAGCCGCAUAACCAGGCACAAGCGAGCGCAGUCGCCAUAGAAACGCAACCCAUUCACAGCGACCAGGCGGUAGCGGCUCGUGCGAACUACGGUAUCGCUGCGUCUGGGGAGCGCGCGUGUGGUUCUGUAAUGCGGCAAGACUUUAAGCACUGGAAAGUGCGUCCUGAACCAUCAUGUAAACCUAAGAAUGAAUAUCACACUCCCGAGAUCCCAUUUAAUAACAAGACACAAUAUCAGAAGGAUUUCCAGCCGUGGCCCAUUCCUAAAAGGAGUGACCAUCCUUGGAUUCCCAGACCCAAUCCCUCCAUCUCCAUCGGCGAUGAUCGCGUCCAGGAUAGGUCCAAACACGCGGAGGUUGACAUCGGUGUGGAGAAAUGCGAAAUUGCUGACAAAUUGCAAGAAAAGGAAAUCCUGGGAGGGAGUAAAAAGAAGCAACCUGCAGAGAAGGAGGGUGAAAAGAAAGUUAGCAUCAAAGUGGAGCGAGAAGACGCGGCAGGGGCCAGAGGCAGGGCGGCACUAGAUGCGCUAAACAGGCAGUUAAAACAGGAAGUUACUGUUGGCAGCUCAUACAAGACGGAGUUCAAAGCCCACAGGGAUGUGAAGCCAGUGAAGCUGAUCCGAGCCAAGUCCCAGUACCUUCCCCCUGAGGAGAAGACCAGCCUGGAGACCAGCUAUAGCGCCACCUACAGGGGAGAGCAGGGCAAACAGCAGCCCAACGACAACAAGGCUGUGGACAGGAGGAGGAUACGCAGCCUGUACAAUGAGCCCUACAAAGGGCUACAAGAGACCAAGGUUAAGAGGUCUAACAGUGCUCCCCGAUCCAAACCCAAAAAGGCUGGCACCACGGUAGCUAGUCAGGGCGGCAAACCUGUCAAGAAGGCCAAAGAGCAGAAGCAGCCGGGCAGCACAGCACUGCGGGGCACCAAGAAGACGACCUCUGAGAACCAGCCCACUGAGUCCAGGCCUGCGGAGGGGGACAAGGAGAAAAGUAAAGAGAUGAACAACAAACUGGCUGAGGCAAAAGAGUAAAAAUCAUUUAGCACUACUUUUUAUUCUUCUUUGGGGAAAGAACACGAAGGCUGCAAAAUUAAUUAGAAGUUCUCAUCCCUUUUAUGUUAUGUCUCUCUCUCUCUCGUCUCUCUCUAACCCUCUUUCUCUCUCUUUCUCUCUCUUCUCUCUGCCUCUUGGCUAAGUUAGAUGUAGUUACAGUAAAUGUCAGGGUUGUGACAUGACAUGUCGUUGCUUCCCCGCCUCACAUUACAUUAGAUCACCGUAGUAACAAGGGGGCGUGUUCAUCCGCUUCCUCUGUUCCCCGAUGCCACCCUCCACCCCCCUCUCUCCACGUCUCCAUCUCAAGGUUACCAUGGCUACCGGCUGCCUGGUUAGCCAAUGAAUGGCACGUGCUAUUGUUGCAUGAGCCCACCGACUAGCAAUCCUGUGUGGUUGGCUUCCAUCUUCCAACUGAACAGAUUGCUUUGUUGAGUUUAUCAAGGAUUUUUGUGAAUGAGAAGACCAUGUAAAUUGGCUCAGUGACUGGACUCGAUUUCUGUAGCUGUAACUUUCAAAUGUAUGCAAAGAUACAUUUAUAAAUGAAUGCAUAGACACAUUAGAUACUCAUCUAGGAUAACGGUCUGAAAAUCUUUGAUAAAUGUGCAGCUUGGAGUGUAUCGAUCCAUGGCUGAGUUUGUGCCUGCUCUGUAUUUCCUGAAUGCUGUCUUCUUGAGCAGGGCUCCAGGUCUGUCUGUUUUCAGAUUGGCAUUACUAAGAUGCUUUGUUCAACUUUGCUAUCAUUCUUGAAUGCAAUGUCUAACUUUGUAAACCUAAUAACUAUGUUGAUUGUGGAGGAUGUGGGAAUGGUUUUGAACAAGUAAUUGUCAGGACAACAUUUAAAACCUCAUACCCUCUCAUUCAAAUUGUUCUCUCUUUGCAGUCAAAUUCAUUCAUCAAGUUAUUUUAGAGGUCAGACAAGGCUAUAUUGUUUCAUCAACCUUGUUGCCAAGCUGGGAGCCAUCUGGGUUACUGUAACAUGAUUAUGCAUUACUAGACCAGUCAUUUGCACAGCAGAUGAGAAUUUCCAUUGAAUUAAAUGUUACUAUCAUGCAAUUAUAAUUACAUUCAGCAUUUAAAAAAACAACAUUAAAUUUCACUGAGUCACGAUAGGAAUUUGAUAUUGUGGCUCUAUGGUCUUUAGCUAUGCUUUCACCCAGCCCAUAUACACUCUAUGUAGCUAUAGCUAGGACACACACACAGAGUCAUGGUUGACUGGAACCAACAUGAUUAUUUAGGCCCCCAUGGCACUAGC